AUGCCUUACGAGCAAGCACAGCGCUCAUCUCUACCUCCAAGAAGCGAUGAGCCUCUUCCAGGAGAUGGAGGAGCGCGAUGUGAUCGCCUGGAUGGCAAUGGUGGCAGGCCUCGCUCACAGGGGACUCCUUCGAGUUUGGUUCGAGAAAAUGCCAGAGCGAGACUUGGUGGCAUAGCCAUGAAGAGGGCGAAAGAAUAUGGGGAUUGGAGUUUUGCAACGCUCGACAUUGCCACCAAAGACAAGAACAAGAAGGUAAAAGUGACACACAAUUCUCCAUUACUACCACCAGCUUUGGAGGAGAAACCCACACUUGUGUUAGACAUAGAUGAGACACUAAUCCAUGCCCACAAGGCCACAGCGUCCCUCAAGCUCUUUAGUGGGAAGACUCUUCCACUGCAGCGCUACCUUGUUGCAAAGCGGCCGGGCGUGGAUACAUUUCUAGAUGAAAUGAGUAAGAUAUAUGAGAUUGUGGUUUUUACUCGAGCGGUGAAGCCUUAUGCGGACAGGAUAUUGGAUAGGCUCGACCCAACUGGGAAUCUCUUCACCCAUCACCUUUAUAGAGAUUCAUGCUCGCCCAAGGAAGUCAGAGGGAAAAAGGUUGUGAAAGAUCUUUCGAGAUUAGGGCGGGACCUCAGACACACGGUGAUCGUGGACGACAAGCCAGAGUCCUUUUGCUUGCAACCUAGCAAUGGACUUGUAAUUCGUGCAUUUAAAAACAGGAAAGGGCAUAAAUAUGAUGAAUUGAAGAAGAUAAGCAAUCUGCUUAAAGAAAUUGCAAGAGUUGAAGAUGUAAGACAAGCAUUGGAGAAGCUUAAAGGUUAG